CCGGCCGUUGCGUGCUUCGGGGGUCCGGAGGGGACAGGUCGCGGGAGAGAAGAGGACGGACGUCCGCUAGGCCGGCCGCGGCCGGCGGGGGUCCCGGCGGAGGAACUCUGCGGAGGAGGCCGUGAGGCAACCUAACCUAGGCCCAGCUGGGACAGCGAGGCGGGCCGCAAAGACGCGAAGUUCGGAGGAAGGAGUGACUUAGUAGGAAAACAUCACCAUGGCUACAGAAAUUGGCUCUCCUCCACGAUUUUUCCAUAUGCCGAGGUUUCAACAUCAGGCUCCCCGACAAUUAUUUUAUAAGCGACCUGAUUUUGCACAGCAGCAAGCAAUGCAGCAGCUCACCUUUGAUGGAAAACGAAUGAGAAAAGCUGUAAACCGAAAAACCAUAGACUACAAUCCCUCUGUAAUUAAGUAUUUGGAGAAUAGGAUAUGGCAAAGAGAUCAGAGAGAUAUGCGGGCAAUUCAGCCGGAUGCAGGUUAUUAUAAUGAUCUGGUCCCACCAAUAGGAAUGUUGAAUAAUCCUAUGAAUGCAGUAACAACAAAAUUUGUUAGGACAUCAACAAACAAAGUUAAAUGCCCAGUAUUUGUUGUGAGGUGGACCCCGGAAGGAAGACGAUUGGUCACUGGAGCUUCUAGUGGGGAGUUCACCUUGUGGAAUGGGCUGACUUUCAACUUUGAAACCAUAUUGCAGGCUCAUGAUAGCCCUGUGAGGGCCAUGACUUGGUCACAUAAUGACAUGUGGAUGUUGACAGCAGAUCAUGGAGGAUAUGUGAAAUAUUGGCAAUCCAACAUGAACAACGUCAAGAUGUUCCAGGCACAUAAGGAGGCGAUUAGAGAGGCCAGUUUCUCACCCACGGAUAAUAAAUUUGCUACAUGCUCUGAUGACGGCACUGUUAGAAUCUGGGAUUUUCUUCGUUGCCAUGAGGAAAGAAUUCUCCGAGACAGGGUUUCUCUUUGUAGCCCUGGCUGUCCUGGAAAUUGCUCAGUAGACCAGGCUGGCCAUGAACCUGUCUUUUCCAUCAGCUGGGAUUAAAUUAAAGGCAUGUAACACCAUUGCCUGACUGUGUCUUCUUGUAUUUAAUAAAUAUGGUUCUAUAAAAAUCAGCUUUGUCACUGUAAGGAACAAAGUAAACAAUUAUGUUUUAUUCAAUAUUUAGUUUUUCCCUCUUUCUAUUCAUCUUAUAAAAACUUCAUUUAGUGGCAGAAAAUGAACCCCUAGGCUCUGUAUAUGUUAAGCUAAUGUUCUGAUCCAUCAUACUCAAUUUUGGGUGAUGCUUUAAAAACCUGUCUUCGCAGCCGGGUGUGGUGGCUCACGCAUUUAAUCCCAGAACUCAGGAGACUGAGGCAGGCGGAUUUCUGAGUUUGAGGCCAGCCUGGUCUACAAAGUGAGUUCCAGGACAACCAGAGCGAUACAGAGAAACCCUGUCUGGAAAUACCAAAAAAAAAACCCAAAAAACCAAAAAAAAAAACCAAUAAAAAACCUGUCUUCGCGAUAUCUAAAAAUAUGAUUAUUUUAAUUAUAAAGCAGUUAUUAAUUUAAAAAAAUCAUGUGUGAUUUGCUGCCUGUAUGUCUAUACUAUAUGUGUGCCUGUUGCCUUCACUAGUAAGACAAGGUUAUUGGAUUGUGUGAAACUAGAGUUACAGAUGGUUGUGAGCCGCCAUACGGAUGACAGGGAAAACCUGAGUACUUUGCCGAGGAAAUAGAAGAUCAGCUAGUGCUCCUAACCCUUGUCAGCUCUCCAGGCCCAAGAAUUCUACAUAAAGGAAGAAAUGGUGGUUUCUAGGUCUCUUCACGCAUGGCUUUAAAAAAUAGCCACAUGCACUAUUAAAUCUCUUGAGGCUUUUUUGUCAGGCCCAACUCACUUAUGUUUCCCCUCUGGAUAUAUUAAAACACUUUAGUGAUUUAUUUUUAAAUCAUGUUUAUAUGAAUAUUGGUAUAUGCAUGUGCAAGUGGGUGCCAUGUGCUGAAACUCAGUGUAACUUGAGUUAUGGGUGGUGGUGGGUUGCCGACGCAUGUGCUAUAAAUUAAACUCGGAUCCUCUGGAAGAGCAACAGGUAUUCUUACCCGCUAACCUGUCUCUCUAGUCCUUGAAUGUUAACACUUACUAUUGGUGUCAUUUAGAGAACGUCUUCCUUGUCUGUUUAUUAAGAUUUUGGAGAAACUCUAUAUCCAGAUUUGAAAUACUAAAGUGGAAACGUUCAGGCCCGAGGAGAUUGCUUACUAGUUAAGAUCACUCGCUCUUCUCCCAGACGACCCAGGUUUCAUUCCAGCACCUAACAUGAUUCACAACUGUCUGCAACUUCAUUUCCAGGGAAGCUAAUGCCUUCGGGCCUCUGUGGGUACUCUUAUGCAUUGCACAGAGAUACAUGCAGGCAAAUACACAUAAGGAUAAAUAAUUUGAAUUUUUUCCUUUUUAUUUUUUGUUAUUUUUUGUUGUUUGUUUGGUUGCUUGCUUGUUUUUGUUUUUGAGUCUGUGUAGCACUGGUUAUCCUGGAACUCUGUGUAGAUCAAGUUGGCCUCAAACUCAGAAAUCUCCCUGCCUCUGCUUCUCCAGUACUGGAAAUAAAAGCUUGUACUAUGCCUAGCUGAAUAAUUAAUUUUAAAAGUGAAAAUUUUAAGUAUUUCUCCAUUUUGAGAUAAUUAGAAUAAUGGAGAUCAACAGGAAUUGUAGGACCACGUGGAACGGAGCAGGGUUUUAGGAAAUGUCAGGAAGCUCGGUGUUUCUCACAGAAGCUUUCUGUGACACUGAGCAAAAGCCAUUUGUUGUGCUAGGAAGACUUGAACCGUAGUUUUAAUUUUUGUCGUAACUAAUGACUGCUUUUUUCAUUAAAGUUAUUAAUCUGUACUCUUCUAAAAUGAGCUGUAGCCAGUGACUGCUGCAAAUACUUUAGAAAUGGCCUCAGCAUGCUUAGUGCCCAGGCUUCAGGCAAAGGAGAGGGGCAGUCUUUUCAGGAUGCUAGAGCUGGAGAUUGGUUUGUAAAGUGCUCCCUGUGUAAGCAUGAGGACAAGAGUUCAGCCUUCCCUGGAUGUAACAGUACUGGGAAGAAAGACGGGUCCAUCUUGGAGGCUUUCUGGAUAGCCAGUCUGGCCAAAACAGUAUGUUCCAGGUUCACUGAGUGACAAGUGAUGGAGGAAAAUACCUGAAUGCCUGUGACGUGCAGGCAUAGAGAGCAUGGUCCUACUCCACUUGCACACAAAAGGUUUAGGUAAGGGCAGUACUGGUUCCAUUGAAAGCCAGUGGCUUUGAAUAAAAGGUGACUGGAGAACACUUUGGUACCGUAAGCAGGAGUAGGUUUUUUUAAAAAUGGAAAUAGGAGUGCAUUGGCUGCCUUUAUAUCUGUAUACCACAUGUGCCUGGCUGGCUCCCUGGAGGCCUGAAAAAGGUGCUGGAUCCCUUGGAACUGGAGUCACAGAUGGCUGUCAGCUAUGAUGAGGAUGGAGCUCCUUGGGUUUUGUGUCCUGAGCAGUACAACUAAAGAUGUUUAUCACCAUCCUUUUUGUUUUUUUCUCCACAUUUUCUUUUGAGAGUCUAGCCACGUAGCCUGCCUGGGUAUCUUGGAAUUCACUGUGUUUACUAAAAUGAUGUUGAGUUUACGGAGCUCCCUGCUUCUGCCUCCCAACUGCUGGGUCACAGGCAUGUGUCAUCACACCCAGCCAUUUCACUAAACCUGGAGUUGAUUUUCUAGACUCCUACUGUAUUCUCAUCCCCAGCACUGCGAUCACAAGGGCUCGUUUUCUUCCCUCAGCUCACCAAUCAUAUGGGUGGUAGGGAUAGACUCUGGUCCUUACACUGUGCAGUAAUUAUCUAACUGAUUGCUCAGCCGUUCGCUCAGCCCUUCUUUAGAGAUACUUAGAUGAUUCUGUGUUUAUGUUGUAUCGUUCUCUAAACAUUAAGGAUGGAGAAUAUAAAACAUCAUAUUGAAUUUUAUCAUGGAAAGAUUUUGUGUAGAAUACAGAAUGGGCUAUUGUACAAACUAUUGGAUAUCUGUUGAAAUUGUGCUACAUUUCUUACUGUCAAAUUAUUUUUGAUGGGUGGUUGGCUUUCCUAAUAUUUAAGCAGAUUACUUUUCUAUUUAAUUUAAAAAUAAAGUUGAGGAUGUAGUUGCCUUUUCAAGGCCUCAGUCCUAAGUAUGGUGUACAUACAUGUACAUGUUGUAUAUGCUGAUGCCCAAGCUUAUACAUUUGUAUCCAGACUAACCAAUACUGGGUAUUCUUCUCUAGCUUUGUUUUAUUCCCCUGAUCCAAGGUCUCUCUGCAGGCUGGCCAGUAAGCCCAAACCGUUCUCUUCCUCUACCCUUAGAGUGCUGGGGUCAGAUGUGGCAUGACCAAACCUGGCCUUUUAUGUGGUUGCUGGGGCUCUUCUUAUACUUGUGUAGCAAGCAGUCUUGCUCACUAAACCAUCUCAUUUAGUUGUUUUGAGGCCAAGCCUAGCACAACCUAGUUUCAGACUCAAGGUCUACUCUCUCAGGUGCUGGAGUUACAGGCACGUGCUACUGUGUCUGAUUUGCACUACUUUUAAAUCGUUCCCUGCAUGUGUACACAAACACAUACACAUUGUACUUGGUUUUUAUAUUUACACUAAAACCACCCAACCACCUCUAUGAGAUGGAAUUUCCAGUUAUUCAGAGAUUCUUUCCUUCCUCUUUUCCUAUCUAAGUAUGCCAAGCUCCUAACUUUGAGACAUACUUUCAGUAAAUUAUUAUUUUCCUCUUCUAAUUUAUUUAUGGCUUCCUUUAUCUCACUUUUAGUUGGUUAAAGUUGUCUUAAUGUCUUUAACUGUCUUACCUCAAUAUUUCUUUGAAAAUACAUUUGUGAUUAACCUCACCUGCUGGUUUCAUGCUACUCAGUUACACAAGAGGCAAGUUAGUAUACCAAAGGAAGCAUGGUGGCUGUUGACACAACCAUGGCUGUCUGGAGGUCUAGGUAACAUAAUCUUGAUUUCAGUUGUUUAAGACCUACUAGAGAAAGUAGUGUCCUAGUUUGGUAAUACACUAACCAAAAGGCAAGUUGGGGAGGAAAAGGUUUAUUCCUCCAUCCAAGGAAGGCAGAGCAUGAACCUGGAGGCAAGACUGAAGCAGAAAUGCAGAGAAAGCUGCCUGUGUAUAGGCUUGUUGUCCACUGUGGAUUGGCUUUCUUACGCAGCCUUGAACUGUUUGCCCAUAUUUGGCACUGUUUUACUACAGUGGGCCCUCCCAUGUUAGUCAUCAAUCAAGAAAAUGCUUUACAGAUGCCCACACGCCAAGCUGUUCUUUGCAGGUCUUCAAUUGAGGUUCCCCCUUCUCGGGUGACUUUUUUUUUUAAGGUGUAUUUAUUAUAUCUAAGUACACUGUAGCUGUCUUCAGACACACUAGAAGAGGGCAUCAGAUCUCAUUACAGAUGGUUGUGAGCCACCUUGUGGUUGCUGGGAUUUGAACUCAGGACCUUUGGAAGAGCAGUCAGUGCUCUUAACCUCUGAGCCACCUCUCCAGCCCACUCAGGUGACUCUUAUAAGUUUGUGUCAGCUUGGCAAAAAAUAAACCACAGUCAAAGCAAACAUUCAUCUUAAAAUAACACCCCCACCCCAAAAAAGCAAAGUAACAAUACCAAACAAAGAGAAUAUAAAGAAGCAAUACUCUAUAUAAUUAUAACCACACAUUCUUAAUUCCAGAUGUUAGUCACAGUUUUAGACCUUAGCAACAUGGGACACUGGGGCAAGUUCUUCUGAUGGAAAGUGGGGAUUAAUAAAUAGCCUUUUUGAGUUAGUAUUAUGAGUUAAUGAAUUCAUGAAAACUGUCAGUAGUUUUUGAAUGUGCAUUGUUGAAUGAUGCUACUGUUAGGUGAUGGCAGAGCUAAUUUCACAGCCUCCUUGAUUUUAGGAUAGAAGUGGUUAUUUAGAAGUGUUUAUCUACCCCUUCAUCAUGCAUUCCAGGAUCUUUGCAGAUGCUCAAGCCUACCCAUACCUCUUACGCCCUUCUAUUUAUUUUUGAAGCUAGGGAUUAAAUCAUGGCUUUGUGUAUGUUGAGCAUGCUGUCAGGUGCUAUGCUGUACUCUAACCCUUCUGUGUUCUUUUAAAUCAUCUACAUUACCUGUAAUAUAUAGGACAAUGUUAGUGUUAGAUCAACAGUUGUCAUCUUGUUCAGAGAAUAAGAGAAAAAAAAAACUCUAUGUGUUUAACUCCUGGUGUCACAGGUCUCAGAUUGGCUUAGUUUGCAGGUGUGAGACACAUGGAUACAAAUGACUGGCGCUCUUUUAUUUUGUAGUACUGGGAUUGCAUGCACGUUAGUAUACAUCCACAGCCUCUUUUUUCUCUUCUUCUCUCUUCUCUUCUCUUCUCUUCUCUUCUCUUCUCUUCUCUUCUCUUCUCUUCUCUUCUCUUCUCUUCUCUCUUUUAAUAUUAUGGUUCAUUAUUGCAGUACAGGCUUUAAUUUGGAGGUAAUGUAUAAACGCCUCCAUUGGUUUAUACAGUAGUAAGUUUGGCUUUAUCAGGGUCUUCCAGAAGCACUUAACGAUCAGUCUUACUAGGAUCAUUCACUAUGGCAAAGAUGUGCUUUUGUUCUUUGGUAAAACACGUUUCCCCUGUAUCACUUUACAGUAAUCCUACUUUCUCUGCACAAUUUUGUGACUUGGCAGAGUACUGUAAGUGAACAGGACUUGGACUUGUUCCUUACAUGGACAUAUGUAAUGCCAUAGGCACCUAACAGCUAAUUUCUCCCCUCUGGUUUUCUAAUCACACCUUGGAUGUGAUCAGCAGACAGUUGCAGGUCUUGAGAAAAAGGGCCUUGGCUUUUCUUUUCCUCUCUCUUUUUUUUUUCUUUUUCUUUCUUUUUUUCUUUUUUUUUGUACCAGUAGAUUUAAAUAUAGACCUUUAAUAACUCAUUGGGCUUCUUUACCUGUGUCUCUCCAAUCCCUUCUGCCUAUCACGUCAACAGCUGGCUGGCUGGAGUAUAGAGACAUCGACGAGGCAGCACUGCAGCCAGAUCCAUGCCUAGGAUGAAGACAGUGCAGGGCCUGAUCAAGCAGUUAUAAAAUACAGGCAGGAACAACAUUUUUUUUAUGCUUAACUCCUGUAAAGUACCCAGGUUUAGUUGCCUUUCCAUAGGUCCCAAAUAUUAAGUAGUUGCAAGUUUGAUGCUAAUAAAUUUCCAUAAUGUUUUUCCUGCUGAUCAGAGCAUUUCACUUAAUCCAGAAAUUGAUGCAAACUAUCACAUUUACAUAUUUUUCAAAUAUCCUGCCAGUCUGGGUUUUGAGUUUAUGUUUAGCUUUAUAGUUGUAAUAUUUUAAUUUCUCUUGGAGAUGCAAAUACCAUUAAUCUUCUGAAUGAUUUGGCUUAUUGAGUUCCAACAGGCAAAUCAUUAAAUCAGUUACUGUAAAAUUGUAUAUUUCAUAGAAUUUUUUAAAUACAAUUUUUCUCUUUUUUUACAUUGGGGAGAUGACUUAUUAAAGUGUUUGAACAUAAGCAUGAGAACUCAGGUUUAGGGCUCCAGUACUCAUGUACAAAGCUUUGCACUGGUGUGCAUCUCCAGUCCACAGAGCUGAGGAAGCAGAGAUGGGAAGAUCCCUGGAGCUCACUGGCCAGCCAGCCUCGCUUUAUUGUGAGCUCCCAAUUCAGUGAGAGAGGCUUUCUCGGAAAAUUAGGUGGACAAUGGUUGAGGAGCACACCCUGUGUUGCUCUUCGGUUUUCAUGUCGUAUGUGCAUAUAUAUAUACCUCCCCAAACCCAGGCUACAAUGUAUUCUUCUGUAAUGCAAAAUAAAAUGAUAGAAUUUUGAUUUAGGAAGCUGGUACUGGAAAUUCAAGUUUGUUGAAGUGGUAGGUAAUUGAAAGACUAGUCUGAAGGAAGAAUGGUUAAAUCCUUAAUGAGGAAGCAUGUGAAAAAAUGGUUAUUAUAAAGAGCGAAGUAUGUCAUAAUUUUUGAGGACUGAACUUGCAAGUGAGGCCCCACACAGUAUAGUGGUGUUUUAAUUUAACAUGUGCUAAAGUUUGCUGAUGAUGAGUCUACAUUUUGAAAGUUAAAUUCAGAGAUUUGCAGAGAACUAGAUUCAGUGGAAAAGUCAGCUUUGGUAGUAUUUUACACAUGUAGAUUGAAGGCAUUGGCCUUGCUUCGAACAUGGCAGUUCUGAAUAGUACCUUAUACCUGUUAGUACCUUAUACCCUGAGAUUCAUGAAUAAUUAGUUCGUUAUACCCCAAGAUCCCUUUUUGUUUUUGAGGCAGUCUUACUGGGUAAAACUUGUCUACACAUGACUCCACACAUACAGAGUACCCACUCCGCCUGACCCACUACUUGUUUCGUAAGUAGGCUGGCCCCAUUUCAUAGAGAACCAACUCUGACUCCUCAGGGCCGGGAUUAAAGGUGUGUGCCCAUGCCUGGCAUAAUCUUAUUUUUAAGAUUUGUGUGGGUGUAUCAGUGUUUGUGCUUUCAUGUACAUAUUAUGUGCAUGUGUCUGCCCUAUACUGGAGGAUGUCUAAUCCCUAGAACAGUAUUAAGUUACAGAUGAUAUGGACAGCCAAAUUAGUGGUGGGAACUGCACUCUGGUCCUCUGCAAAGCACCAAGUACUGUUUUCUGCUAAGCCAUCUUUUCAUAGCUAGUUGAGGCCCUCUUUAGCAGUUUCUGAGCCUGCCUGUGUGGUAGUGAGGCCCUACUUUUAAGAAAAAGAAUUUAAGACCAACUUGAACUAGAACAACAAAACUGAAACAACCUUUUUGGGUUUUGAAUCGAAUGAUAACAUCAUGAGAACUUCUGCUUGUUACACCUGUUCUUGCCACCCUGAAAAAGAAGUCAGGUUCUGUUUCAAGUAACACUUUAUUUGUAAUGUCAGUGAAGGGGCCAGUUUUUCUUUCUUAGUCCAAACUCACAUAUGGUGUAAAUAUCUAAGAGUAUUUUAGACCUCACUGGGAGUCUCCAAACUCUUUAUCUGUCAUGGGCAGGAAGGAAGUCAUAAAAUGUGGGCAGUUUGCACUUAUUUAUUCCAUACUCCACUCCCUAGACAUGUACUUGUCUCACUGUGUUCACCAAAGCUGGCUUCAGAACUCGCGGGGGCCAUCUUCCUCUGCCUUCUGAGCUCUGGGAUUAAAUGUGUGCCACCGUGCUGGUUUUUUAAAGUGUUUUGGAAAUUAGAGUAUUGAUCCUGUUUGUUUGUUUGCUUGUUUGUUUGUUUUUUAAACCAUAGGUUUUUUUUAAAAGCUAAUUUUAUAGUUGACUGUAUAUUUUCUUCCUUUUCUUUGGAGCAGAGAUGGCUACCAUUUUAAUUAGUAUUCCCUUCUACUUCUGUAGGACUUCCUGGUUUUGUUUCUGUCUUUUUUUAUCCAAAGUGCUGAGAACCAAACCCAAUGCUUUACAUUGUGCAUAGUAAACACUCUCCCACUGAAACUCACCGUAGGCAUUCUUUAUUUUUUUGUUUAAUAUGUUGAGCAUGCAUUUUGAAUAGAUUAGAUUCAAAGUAUCUAUCUUUUAGGCUUUAUCUUUUUAGGUAUGGGUGUUUGGCCUUUAUGUAUGUUUGUCUGUGCACUGUGUGUGUACCUGGUGCCUGUGGAAGUAAGAAGAGGGUAUCGGGUCCCCUGUAACUAAAGAUGGUCGUGAACUGUCAUACAAGUGCCUGGAAUCAAACACAGGCCCUCUGGAAGAGCAGCCAACACUCUUAACUGGUGAGCCAUCUUUCCAGUCCUAAAUACAUAUUUUUGACAGGAUCCAUGCUGUUUAUGCAGUAUGUUUCUUUUUUGUUACAGAAGCUGGUUGUUUUUACUAUUUCUUUUUAAUUUUUAGUUUUUAUAUUUCUUCCUCUGAGUGUGAUUAAUAGUUAACAAAAAUAACAUUGAUUUGCAAAGUAGGGGAUUUUGCACAUUAAAGAUGUCUUUCAGGAUUUUACUGAAUGGCAAACACUUAAUUUUCUUUUGUGUGGCUCUACAGUCAAUUCGCAGCAAUAGCAGUACCCAUAGCACCUUUCUGUGAAAGACUACAGAUGACAGUUCCCUGGGGAUGCAGCCCAGUUGACAAAAUGCUAGUGUAGUGUCCAGGAAGUUCAUGCUGGGAAGGAGAAAGAUGAGAAUUUCAACAUCAUCCUUGGUUACAUAGAGAGUAGUAGGGUUAGCCUUUGCUUUGUAACCCUGACUGUGGAGAAGAAGGGAGUGAGUCUUUCUUCAUUUUCUUCUGAGAGCUAGCUAACUAGCCAGUUUUUGAGUAGUUAAGGCAAACACUUUUGUACUUUUAACAGUUUUCAGUGUGAUUGAUUAUCAGUGAUGUUUUAUAUUUAUUACUUAGUACUUGAUAGUUUGGUCUUGACAUGAAAAUAUAUCAGUCUUCUAGAAUUCCCUUCUCUGUGAGCCAGAAAAUAAAUAUUAUUCAUUUGAGGUAUUAAAAUUUUAUUUAUUCAUUUAACAUUUCUUUGUGUCUCCAUUGACUUGUUCCUGUGCCUUUGCAGCUCUGUACAUGUGGCUGUAUACAGUACUAAACGCCAACAGCCGGUGGCUUCCUUGGUUACUCUUUAACAUAGUUUUUGAGACAGGGUCUGUCCUUGAACCUGGAGUUCAUUGAUCCAGCUUCAGCGGCUGGCCAGUGACCCAUCUCCUAGCUCUCAUCUGAGUUAGAGUUACUUGUAAGUGUAGAUAUGUAGGUAGUUUCAUUCUACCAUUAGUAUUCACAGAUUUUUAAUAACACUUUAGUCCAAGACCACUGGGAACACAUAGUUAAAGAAUUAGGUUUAAUAAAAUAUUGUAUUAUUUUGUGUGUGUAUGUAUGAGUUUGAGUAUGAAUGUGGGUACUUGCAUGCCAUGGCACCCUGUGGAACAUGGAGGACAACCUUAGGAGUCGAUUCUUUCCUACUCUGUCUAUGGUCUGGGAAAUGAAUUGAGUUUGUCAGGCUUGGGAGCACAUCUUAAAGGUCCCUGGUUUACUUGUUGCAGCAAAGUAUACAGGCCACAGGGAGUCUUGAGUGUUUCAGUAAGAGGAUGUGAUCUGAGAGAUUUAUUAUCGGAUUUUCACUUUGGCCAUACUGAGGGUUGAACCCAGGGCUUGGCAUAUGCUAGGCAUAAACUAUUGCUGAGCCCCAUUCAUAUCACAGGAUAUGGUCUUUGAUCAGGUAACCUUGGAGGGCAUUUAUGAGGUGGAGGCUUGCUCUGCAUUUAAUGCUGUCAGAUCAGAAGUAGAGGCAGUUCUCUGGUUGAAUAUCAGUAUUCUAUAUCUAGGGUAGACCUGAAUGUGGACAAAUACAUAGUAAAGACUUGUCAUUUGGUGAUAAAUUGUAUGGACUUGCAUUGUUUACAUUGUUGCUUUGUUUUGCCUCAGAAUGACCAUGUUUGUUAUAGAUGUUGAGUGUGAUUGACCAAAAGAAUAGCUUUGAGGCUUGAAAUCAGUUUCUAGGGAAAAGGAAUUGCUUCUCCCUUCCUGCUGCCCACCUCCACCCUUGUGUAUUUGUAUACAUUAAGCCCCUCAUUUUGGAGGGAAGUCAGAAUUUAUUGGCAGUGGUAUCUAGUUACAUAUCAGGUGUAACAAGCUGCAUCAGUGCGGACGUUUUGUUUUUAUAACGCAGCACCUGGAGUGUAUUUGGUGCCAUAUAGCCCACAUAUGCUGUUUUUCACCUGGUUAUAGAGAAAUAGUUUAGUGGGGGUUGGAGAGACAUGGCUCGGUGGUUAAGAACACUUGCUGCUCUUGCAGAGGACCUGGGCUCAGUUCCUAGCACCUAUAUGGUGCCCCACAACUAUUCCUAACUCCGGCUUUAAGGGAUCAUUCACCUCCUUUUGUGGUAUGUGGUGGUGCAUGGCACACAAAAGACACGCACAUAAAUCUGAAAAAGGAAAAUGAAAAAAGAAACGGUUUAGGGAUUGAAAUAUGAGUAAAGGCUGGACAAAUGGCUUAGUGGUUAAAAAAAACUUGCUGCUUUUCUGUAGGAUCCAAGUUUGGUUCCUAGCAUUCACAGUGAAUGACUGACAAUAACUUGAAAUUUCAGCUCUGGGGGGGGAAUCUCAUGUCAUCUUCUGCCCUGUGUACAUAUGUUCACAUAUUAGUAGCAUUCAUUCGUACAGACAAAUAAAUCUUCAAGAAAAGAAAGAAGCUAGGGACUGGAAAUGUAGCCCCGGAGCCAGAGUGCUUGACCUGUUAUACUAAACAUUGGGUUUAAUCCUGUGCACUGCACUGCCUAUGGCAGGUAUACUAGUGCAUGCUUUCAGUCCCGGUGGAGGUGGAGGCAGGAGGAUCAAGAAGCAAACAACCCCCAAAUAAAUGAGUUUUCCAACAUUAGUCUAUUUUUACAGUUUCUUCCUCUUUCCCUCCUUCCCUUUGCCCCUCUCCCCCUCUCCCCCUCCCUCCCUCCCCUCCCUCACUAUCUCGCUACCUCGCUUUCUCUCUCUCCCUGUGUGUCUGCAUGAGUGUAUAUGCAUAUAUAUAUGUGUGUGUGUGUGUGUGUAUACACCCCAUAUGUGUGAUGGAGACCAUAAGAAGGUACCAGCUCCUCUGGACCUGGAGUCAAAAGUUAUCUUACUUUUUUAUUGCUGUGAUGAGACACAUGACCAAGUCAAC